AUGUUCGAAGACGAGGACGAGGGAAAUGCAUUCCUUGGGGUUGAGAGUGAAGACAUUGAUUCGUACGAGCGAGCCAAGCGAUCCUCGUUGCCAUGGCGUCCGUGGCGUUGGCUGCGAUGGCAGCCUGCUACAUCUAUACCGAACCGCGAGAUUACGAUGGAGGAGCCCGAUCACUCAGGGUCCAAGUACCCACCCAAUGUUGUGCGCAACCAGAAGUACAACCUCGUGACGUUCUUACCCAUCGUACUCUAUGAACAGUUCAAGUUCUUUUUUAAUCUCUAUUUCUUGUUGGUGGCUCUAAGCCAGUUCAUUCCAGCGUUGAAGAUUGGAUUUCUAGUAACAUACAUUGCGCCACUGUCGUUUGUUCUCUGCGUUACAAUCGGCAAGGAAGCCAUUGAUGACUACGAACGCUACAAGCGGGAUGUCGAAAGCAACAGUUCUCCAUAUGCCGUAUUGGGUCACUGCACUUCUGAGAUCAUGCGCCAGCGAUUGUCUCAUCGCCAAACGACUUCCUCCGAUAUCGAAGCCCCAGCACUCACUGAUACGCUAGUAGCCCAUGUGCCAAGCAGCGGCUUGAAGGUCGGCGACCUUGUCAUGUUACACAAGAACCAGCGUGUGCCCGCAGAUAUGGUGCUGCUCAAGACCUAUGCUGCUGACGCUGCUGACGAGACCAACGAUGAAGGUGAAUCAAACUCUGAGUCUGGCACUUGCUUCAUUCGCACGGACCAGCUAGACGGCGAGACGGACUGGAAGCUCCGUCUGGCUGUACCCGUCACACAAACUAUGUCUGAGGACGAGAUUACCGCCUUGCGAUCGCGUGCCGUUCUAGUGGCGGGUCCUCCCUCCAAAGACCUUCAUUCGUUUGUGGGGACGCUGACGAUCCACCCUUCUGGGAGAAGUUCGCCCGAAUGGAGUCAGCAGCAGGAUCUGGCUCUUUCGCAACAGCCUCAAGUAUCGCCCUUGACGAAUGAACAUGUGCUUUGGGCGAACACUGUGCUGGCUGCUGGUCGUGCUAUUGGCAUGGUUGUGUACACCGGUCGUGAAACACGAUCUGUCAUGAACACGUCGCAUCCUCAGACCAAGGUGGGUUUACUGGAUCUUGAGAUCAAUCGUUUGUCAAAAAUCCUGUGCUUUGUUACUCUUCUUCUGUCCGUUCUGCUCGUGGCACUCAAUGGCUUCCGCGGCAAGUGGUGGAUCUAUGUCUUCCGCUUCCUUAUCUUGUUCAGUUCCAUCAUUCCGAUCAGUCUACGAGUGAAUCUCGAUAUGGGCAAAACCGUCUAUGCUCGUCAGAUCCAGGGAGAUGCGGAUAUUCCCAGUACCAUCGUGCGCACAUCGACUCUGCCCGAAGAACUCGGUCGUAUCGAGUAUCUACUUAGCGACAAGACUGGCACACUUACUCAGAAUGAAAUGGAAGUGAAGCGCUUGCAUCUUGGUACCAUGAGCUAUGGCUGGGAUAGCAUGGAUGAAGUUCGCAUGCAGCUACAUUCGGCCCUGGAACAGAAGGACAGCAAACGUAUACGUCAUUGGCGCGACAUGAGUGCCCGUGUUCAUGAUGUGGUGCUGGCCCUUGGCCUUUGUCACAAUGUCACUCCAAUACAAAACGAGGAUGGAUCUGUCACCUAUCAGGCGUCGAGUCCAGAUGAAGUGGCCUUGGUGAAUUGGACAGAGUCGGUCGGCAUGCAACUGGUGGCGCGCGAUCAACACUUCAUCACUCUGGCCACGGAGCUUGGCCGCUUUUCUUUCGAGAUUCUGGAGGUGUUCCCUUUCACCUCUGAACGAAAGCGUAUGGGCAUUGUUGUGCGUGACCAGGCAACAGGAGAUGUGACUUUCUAUUUGAAGGGUGCGGAUGUUGUAAUGAGCCCUGUGGUGACACACAAUGACUGGCUUGACGAAGAGUGUGGAAAUAUGGCCCGGGAAGGAUUGCGAACUCUGGUCAUGGCCAGGCUGCGUUUAAGUCAGGAUUCUUGGACCAUGUUUGAGAAGGCGUACAACGCAGCUAAGAUUCAAGUGGAAAACCGAGAUGAAACUAUGGCUAAGGUCGUAGCUUCACACCUCGAACAAAACAUGGAGUUGCUCGGUGUGACGGGGGUGGAAGAUAAACUUCAGGAAGGCGUGAAGACCACUUUGGAAUUGCUUCGGAAUGCCAAUAUCAAGAUCUGGAUGCUUACUGGUGACAAGAUUGAGACUGCAACAUGCAUUGCUAUUUCAACAAAACUCGUUGCACGAAAUCAAUACAUUCAUCAGGUAUCCAAGGUUAAGACCAUGACAGCUGCAAGAGAUACACUCGUCUUUUUGCAAUCCAAGCUUGACUGCUGCCUCGUCAUUGACGGUGAUUCUCUGCAAUUCUUCUUUGACCAUUUCCGCACAGAGUUUGUGGAAAUUGCCACACAACUUUCUGUGGUCGUUGCAUGCCGAUGCUCACCUACACAGAAAGCAGAAGUAACGAAUCUCAUCCGCAAGCACACCAAGAAGCGGUCAUCUGGCAAAACUUCUUCUCUGGCAUGGACGUAA